AUGAACUUCAUAACACCACCCAAAAAUCAAACUGAAUUAUCAAGACGAUAUUCAAAUGCGUCUACUAACUCCCAAAGGUCAAACCAAAGCAAUAUUUUCCCAGAUGCACGCUGUGGAACCCAUACAUCAAAAAUUUCAGAGACUCGAUACCAGCAUACUCCAUCAAUUGCAGAUAUGCAGAUAAGUGAAAAUAAUAGCUUUGACAGCCAUCACAGUUUAUCCCUUUUAUACUAAUUAUCUAUUUUUUAUUAAUUUUUUUAAUAAAAAUCAUAUUAUAUGUAUCCUUUUUAAUAAUAUUUGCCUAUUCGCUGUUUUUAAAAAAUCAUCUAAAUCUAUUCUUUCUCAAUAGAAAUAAAUACUAUAGGCUUUUCACUCAAAAGUAUUUUCCCAGACUCGGUAAAUUAUGACAUUAGAAGCUCAAAAAAGCAUCAAAGAGGCCUUUCCCAGCCUCCAACUGUAUUGAACCCGGCUUUACUUUUGCUUGAUAAAUACAGCAAAAAUGGUCUUGGACUCAAUAAGAGUUUUUCAAGUAUCCACAAAAUGUUUUAUGGGAAAGAAAACUACAAAAAACAAAAACAAGUCUCUGUGCUAACAAAUGAAGCCUCCUUUAAGGAGAUUAAAAACACAUCCCAUUGUAGACAUGCAAGUGACGCUGAUUCAGUUCUAUAUAUGGAGCCAGACUCUAAAGAAAUUGAGACGGAAAAUCUUCCAAUUACAGUGUCUACAUAUAAUCCAUUUACUACAGAAGAAAAUAAAGAAAAAACAAUGAGGAUUUUAUGCUUUGCUAGAUAAAUAAGAAAAAUAUGGAAAUUUUAAAUGGAAAAGAUAGGAAAAUGGAAAAAAGGAUAGGAACAAAGCCUUGCACUGCUUAUUGUGAGAACUGCCAAAUGGAUGUACAUACAAAUAUUGAGUUUGAUAGCAAAAAAGAUAUCCCAAGGCCAUUUUUAACAUUUUUUAGCAGUAUUUUUGCAUGCUGUGCUACAGAACCAUCAUGACUUGGGAAAAGAGUGCAUAGAUGUUAUAAAUGCAGUGAAGUGGUAGGGUUUUGCAAUUAA